UCUAUGGCUACUAAUAACUCAUCUCAAUGUGUUCAUUAUUGGGGCCUAUUCUUCUUAUCACUACUUUCUCUUUAUUAUGUUGUUCAAUCAACUCCCACACCUCAUCGUGUUUAUAUAGUUUAUUUAGGGCGCAAAUGCCAUGAUGAUCCUAAGCUCACUUCAAACCACCAUCUUCGACUACUCUCCAAUGUCUUUGCCAGUGAAGAAGAAGCAAAAAAGUCCAUACUGUAUAGCUACGAGAAAAGCUUUUCGGGGUUUUCUGCAAUACUCAAUUCUUCUCAAGCAACCAUCUUAGCCGAGAGAAAAGAAGUAAUAUCAGUGUUCGAAAGCAAGAUAUUGAAGCCUCAUACGACAAGAAGCUGGGAUUUCUUAGGGCUUAGUUUGACCAAAUCUUCUGUUGGUCAACCCACUCCACCUCAGCUUGCCUAUGGCCAUGACACUAUUGUUGGAGUAAUUGAUUCAGGUAUAUGGCCAGAGUCUCCAAGCUUCAAAGAAGAAGCUAAAAUGAAACCAAUACCAUCAAGAUGGAGAGGAGAAUGCGAGAAAGGAGAAAGAUUCAACCCUCAAAAGGACUGCAACCGCAAGCUCAUAGGCGCCCGCUACUACUUCAAAGGCUUCGAAGCCGAUUUCAAAACUCUAAUCGCCGCCCCAGAGAUCAAAUCCGCUCGCGACUUUACCGGCCACGGCACCCACACCGCCUCCACGGCUGCGGGUGCCAUCGUCGGCGGCGCCAGCUUCUCUGGCGGCCUAGCCAAAGGCACUGCCAGAGGCGGCGCGCCCAGGGCUCGCCUCGCCGUCUACAAGGCUUGCUGGGGCGGCAGCGGCGAAGGCGAGCAGCAGUUCAACUUCCGGUGCAGCGAAGCCGACCUCUUGAAGGCGUUCGACGACGCCUUGUGGGACGGUGUUCACGUGAUCUCGGUGUCGCUUGGGUCGGUUCCGCCGCUGAGGGAUUUGUUUGAGUCCGGCACUGCUAUUGGGUCGUUUCAUGCGAUGCAGGUGGGAGUGAGUGUGGUUUUCUCGGCGGGGAAUGAGGGACCGGAGACGGGGCUCGUCACGAAUGUUCAGCCUUGGUCUAUCUCCGUCGCUGCUUCUACCGUUGAUCGGAGUUUUCCGACUAGGGUUGUUGUCGAAGGAAACUUCUCUGUCUUGGGAGAAAGCUUUAGCUUUAUUAAUGAACCAAUCACAGGAAAAUUGGUGAACCCACUCGGUCUUUUUAAGAGAGGAAUUUGCAAUGUGGAUCAACGUGAUGUUUCGAAGAAAACAAAGGCUGGAAAAAUAAUAUUUUGCUUCUCGACAAUUGGAUUCAUAAGCAUAGAAGAUGCCAUCGAAGCAGCCAAGAACAUCAGUGCUUCAGCUUUGAUAUUCAUAGAACCUUCGCCUAAGCCAGAAGGCCCUGAUUUCUUCCCCACCGUUCGUCUCGACCUUAUCCAGGGGAUUAAACUCAAAGACUAUCAAUUUCAAUUUGACAAUCUCCCUUUAGCAAAAAUUGGACCAACUAAAACUCUUAUUGGGAAGACAUUAGCACCUAGAGUUGCAUACUUCUCUUCAAGAGGACCAAGUUCACUCGAACCUGAUAUUCUCAAGCCAGAUUUGACAGCACCAGGAAUGAACAUAUUGGGAGCAUGGCCAACAGAAACAGCACCAAGUUAUAAAAUAGAUGAUAAACGUUCAGUGAAAUGGAAUUUUCAAUCAGGAACUUCAAUGUCAUGCCCUCAUGUCUCUGGCAUUGUUGCCCUUCUCAGAUCUGCUCACCCUAAUUGGUCUCCUGCUGCCAUCAAGUCUGCUCUCAUGACCACAGCAUCUACUAGGGACAACUCUGAUGAUAACAUUUUUAAUGAAGGAAUACUCGAACCCUCUGAUCCUUUUGACAUUGGUGCUGGUCAUGUGGAACCCUUAAAGGCAUUGGAUCCUGGACUAGUUUAUGACAUGAAUACCAAUGAUUACAUUCUAUUCUUGUGUAACAUUGGCUACACUACUCAGCAAAUACUAAAACUACUCAUACCUUGUCCUAUUACCCCGGAUAUCGUCCUAAGAUGCCCUAGACAAAGAAAAUCGAACUCGAACAUUAACUAUCCUUCCAUUAGUAUCUCAAAUCUUAGUUGCGCCACCACGAUUCAACGAAAGGUUCGAAAUGUUGGUUUGAGCAAAUUCGUCGUGUAUUUUAGCAAUGUUGUUGAACCGAACGGAGUAGAGGUGGUGGUAUGGCCUAGGGUUUUGUUUUUCUCGUAUUUUAAAGAAGAAGUGACAUACUAUGUUACACUUACACCGCGAAAAAAGUCUCGAGGGAGAUAUGACUUUGGGGAAAUUGUUUGGUCAGAUGGUUUUCACAAGGUGAGGAGUCCUUUGGUUGUAAGUGUUAAUACUAUUUCAAUUAGUUCUACUAUUGAUCAUGAGAGUGAUGAUCAAAUGAUCGUGAUGAGUGAUGUUUGAGUGCUUAUUGUGAAGCUUAAUUAAUUAUGUUUUGCUUCAUUACUAUAAUAAUUACUUGAAGGUGUAUUUAUAUGUGUAACUACUUUAAUUGAAAAUAUUAUCUAAAUAAAAAAGUUGUAAGUUUUUGUUGUUUUACAUUAA